AUGUCUGUGCUCUCCGACUCAGCUGCAAAGUGUGCCAAAGAAAGCGAAAGGUGGCCUAAUGAUGACCCCGUUCUCAUUCAAGUUACUCAAAAUAUCCAGGACAUCCACUUAGAUGAUGAAGGUGUUGGCGACUCUGAGAAACGAGCCAUUUAUCUGAGCUAUGACGAAGCAAUAAGCUGUAACAAGAACAAACGCACAAAAGCGGCAUUCCAGUCUAGCUAUGAAUUCUGCCUUAAGGGCCUUAAACGCAAAUGGGGAACAUGGAACGAGAAUCGACCCUUCAGCCUUUACGGCAUUCCUAAAAACAACAUUAUCAGCUUAGACUGGAAAUUCAAGGCUUACCAAGGCACGUAUAUUUGCUUGCCACCCGAAGAUAUCGAGAAAGAUUUCAUUGAAGGGACGAACCAUUCUAUGUUGAGAGACACCUCACUCUUAGUGAGCCUGGCAGUUGCUUUGGAUAGAGGCUGGACCAUAGAUUGCAUACCGGCGGCACGCCCGAAGUUGCCUCAAGAAAAAACAUAUCUCGCAGCUUCUCCUCACUGCGAUUUGCCAUACAUGGGAUUUGAAUUGCAUCGAUGGGGUUCCUAUAACACUUGGUGUGGACUUGGGCGCAGCUUGUAUGAGGAAAUUAGGGACACUUUGACAUCUGUAUUCCAAAUGGAAGAGACGCAAAUUGGCCUUUUUACCAAGGGAGACAAGAGUCCAAAGGGCAUCGUUUGUUUGCCUCCUCAUGCUAUUGUUGUAAUUGCCAGUACAGUGCCAUUCUCAUACAAUAUCAUGGAGUCAUUGUCCAAACUGCUUGACCCAUUGGAAAAGUACGAAAGGCUAAACAGGUCUGCUUCAGUUGUGCAGGAAUUCCGUAUUUCAGAUAUCGACAUUGAAUACCGACUGGGCGGUUAUAUGAAGUUGAGUAUGAAAAGUCUUAUAGACGAACUGUCUUUAGUGAUGAAUUCGCAUGGAAUGGCAGGUGAUAUAACCUGCUCCAAAUUAGAUGAAAAUCUUAUCGAAGCUGGAAUGCUCAUCGAACAGGCGAGCAGAAAGUGUCGUUUUGACAUCGCAUAUGAUGUCAGCAACAUGGUUUAUAGACCGAAAGACCUUUCGGACCUUUUGACAACUCUAUGUGAGACUCGAAACAGAUGUCUCAAAUGGCGGCGUCAUGCAACCAGGAAGGUGUACAAGAUAGGCGCAAUGACUGAUGCAUCCUAUAUGCCUUUGGAAGAAUGCAAUGUUCACACGGGCCAGGUAUACACUAUCAAUGAUAACGCGAUAUCAGCAUACUCAUUAGGAGCUAUAAGGCGUUGUAAUAACUGUAACAAAGCAGAAACUAUCGCUGUAACCCAGUCUGGUAAAAGGCUAUCCUACAUCCAAGAAAUUCUAGACGCCCUGGGAAUCCAUUCGUACAAAGAGGUGACGACAGACAGUUUGAGUACUGUGGAUCUCUUAGAAUCGAAUGACAUUGUGAAUUCCAAAGCUGAAGCUAUUAGAGACGAGUAUUUGGACGGCAAUUUACGCUUCACCUACAUUCACUCCAGGGACAAUUUUGCUGAUCUUUUGACAAAACCAGUUUGGGGUCAUCAUCGUGACUUCCUUCUAGAAACAUUUUUUGAGUCCUAA